CAGCUCCCCAUUCCCCAUCUCAGAUCGAGCAGGCGAGCACCAUGGCUAUGGUGCCCCACCCAGCUUAGUCCAGCAUGCCAGAUCUCGUGCCAGAUAGAUCUUCGCUUGGUCGCACCUCGUAGCUUCGUCCCCUCGACUCCAUGUGCUGUUAGGCUCUCGAUCGUGGGACGAGGGCGAGCGCCGCCUUGACCAUUAGGAGGUCUGCCGCAUUGCCAAGGAGAUCUGCAAGUUCUCCGCCGGUUCGACCUUGCUCUCCAGCUUGUAUGGAUCUCGUGGAGAGUGAGAUGUCAUCGUGUCCUAUGGAAACAAAUGAUUGUGCUGAUGCUGAAUCCAUUGUUGUCACGAGCUCUACCAUAUCAGAUUGCUUUAGUACGCCAACGAGCAGCAGGAGCAUUCCAUUUUGUAUUACCUCCUGGACCCCUGAAUGUGACGAGGCAAAAAAACCAGCCAUAGGCAUGGAGUUCAAAGAUUUGGGUGAGGCUGAGCACUUCUACAAGUCGUAUGCCCAUAGUGUUGGUUUUUCUGUACGGAAAGGGCAGAGUAGAACCGUUGGAAAUGAACAAGUGUGGAAGAGAUUCUAUUGCAAUAGACGUGGCUGGCGAUCAGAGAAAGAGCAAACCAAGAUUAAGCGCAAGACAAAAGUUACUAGGUGUGACUGCCAGGCAAUGAUAACUCUAAAAUGGAAAGGCAAUAAAUACAUUGUGACAGCAUUUUUUGAGGACCAUACACAUGAGUUAGCCUCGCCUAGCAAGCAACAAUUCCUGAGAUCGAAUAGAGAAGUUAGUGACAGUGCAAAGAGUUCACUGUUCACAUGCCACACAGCAAGCAUUGGCACCUCUGCGGCCUACCGCUUACUUCGUGUCGGAGAUGGUGGGUUUGCCAAAGUAGGUUGCACAAAGAGAGAUUUUCAAAAUUAUCAUCGCUACUUGAAAUGCGCUAUAAAUACCUCAGAUGCACAGAUGUUCAUUGACAAUCUAGCUAGGAGGAAGGAAGCCAACCCAGCAUUCUUCUUUGAUUACAUGCUGGAUGAGAAGGGGCGAUUGGUGCACAUAUUUUGGGCUGAUACAACUUCUAGGAAGAACUACUCACAUUUUGGAGACGUUAUCUCUUUCGAUUCAACAUAUACAACCAAUCAGUAUAAUAUGAUAUUUGCACCUUUCACUGGAGUGAACCACCAUAAGCAAUCAAUAUUCCUUGGUGCGGCACUUAUCUCCAAUGAAAAGGCAGAGUCGUAUAUCUGGGUGUUUGAGACCUUUUUGAAGGCAAUGGGAGGAAAGAAGCCUAGCCUCAUAAUAACAGAUGAAGCUGCUAGUAUUAAGAUGGCUAUUGACAAAGUUCUUCCAUCAACUAUGCAUCGCCUAUGCAUGUGGCACAUUAUGCGAAAGGUCCCUGAGAAGGUGGAACCUUCUUUGAGGAACAAUGACGAUUUCUAUGCCCGCCUCAAUUCAUGUGUUUGGGGGUCUGAAACUGCAAUAGAAUUUGAGGAGGCGUGGUCUGCCCUCAUCAAUGAUUUUUCUUUGCAAGAUAACACCUGGUUUGCUGAUAGGUAUUCAAUUCGUGAGUCAUGGGUGCCUGCGUACUAUAAGGACAUAUAUCUGGCUGGAAUUCUGAGGACCACCUCUAGGUCAGAGAGUGCGAACAGUUUUUUUAGCCAUUUCAUUGGUUACAAGUAUGCAUUAGUCGAGUUCUGGCUCAGGUUUGUAACUGCCUUAGAGGAGCAACGCCACAAUGAGUUGAUUGAAGAGAAUGCCAAUUUGCAAUCAAUGCCUGAGCUGCGAACAUCAUGGAAAAUAGAGAAGCAUGCUAGUAGUGUCUUCACGCACAAGGUGUUUGAUGCAUUACAGAAAGAGAUCCUCGCAGCUCGUGAAUACUGUGUUGUUGAGAGUAUGAGACAUGAGGGGGAGGAGAAAACCACAUUAAUUAGUGAUGGCCGAUCUUCCAAGGUUCGAGAGGUAGUACUUAACACAGCAACAAUGGAUGCUCAUUGCACCUCGCAAGCUAUUUAA